AUGGUAAUGGCAUCACUAGAGAAUGCAAUGGCCUCGACCGGCGGAUUUUGUGUCGGUCGUUCUUAUGUUGUCGGCCAUCAACGACUUUCUGGUCUUGGGUACUGUUUUUCGGCGUCAUUACCACCGUUAUUGGCGACAGUCUGCCAGUGA